GAGCCUCCAUUCGGCCCUGGCUCCAUUAAACCUCCUCCGAAGGGCCUGUCCCUGGCUGCUGUUCCCAUCAUGGCCGAGCCGUGACAGCCUGUCCGUGGCUGGCUCUGGCCUCCGGAGAGGGAGGUGUUUCUCUCCCGAGGAGAGCUGUUUAUGCCCAGUGAUUUUUUUUUUUCUUUUUUUUUUUUUUUUUUUUUAAAUUUCUUUCCCCUCCCUCCGUGCUCUCCUGCGUAAGCCACAGCAGCAGCUCGGUGUCUGCCCAGCCCGGCAGUGUUACGGCACGGCUCUUAUGUAGGUGAAGCCGGGGAACGCUGCAAGGAUCAUGUGGAGCUCUCAGUCUCCUGAGCCCGGAGCUUUGAGCCUAUUUAUAGCCUAACUUCAGUGUUCGUCUGUCAACAUCUGCCGGCUAUUGACGGAUCAUCCGUAGCUCUUGGGAGAUCCUUACAUCCUAAUUUCUCUGCCUCCGUGGCGGUGCUCCAGGACCCUGGAGCGGUCGGGAUUGCGGUGAUCCCAUGGACAGAAGCAGGAUUCCGAAGGUGGGAAGCAGCAGGAUGAAAUACUACACAAGUUACUGAGGCAGAGAGAAGGCAUCUUCCUUCACCCAUAACAUACUGAGGCACGAAGAACGAUGCUGAAAGCCAAGGUUUCUGGUUUGACCCUCCUCAUCAGAGCUCCUGAACGUGAAGAUUCCUGACUCACAGAAGCUGUCUGCUCGUGGCAGGCAAAAUUAUCAUUUCUUGCACUCACAGCUGAGGGUUUUCAUGGGGUUGGUGACCAGCUCUAGCACAGCACAGCUCCUUCUCCUUUUCCUUCUCCUUUUCCUUCUUCAUCACCAGCUUGGAACCAGGAAUGGGUGAGACUUCUGCUGCUUCCCUCCUAACGAGGUUUUCUGUGUCUGCUCCACGUCCUCCUGCUGCUGCUGCAGCCAACGUGGAUCCGAAUGCCGUGGCUACAAAGGCUUGUCACUGUCUCAUGCUGGGUCCCGCACAUCCAAGAGCUACUUGGUAGUUUCCAAGGCAACCACCUGUGGAAUAAUUAAAAAGGAUGAAGUGUUAGCGUGCCAGAUAUAAGGAAUUCUUGCCUGGAGAGAGCGUUUCACUUUCUUCCGUCUUGAAGAGUCAAAACGUGCUUCUGCCAGCGAAGUUAAGAAAAAGAAACGGUGGCUGAUUCGCACAAGCGAACCAGGACGACGCAAAAUUUAAGUCAAAGAGGAAUGCUCCUUUUCCUGUUUUAUUCUGAGGACAAACCUGUCAGUAAUGAAUUGUUCCAGAAGUACACAGAGAGAGCUCUACGUGGUAGAGGCUGUGUUUUCUCAGUUCAGCAAGAAAAUUGCCCUCAACUCUUCGAUCAUUAAAUCUGGGAAGGAUGGAGCAGCCCAAGAUUUGAAAAUGUUUUAAAACUUCCAGCACCUAAUUAGAAGGAGGCAUCUUGGAGCAGCACAAUAGCUCUCUAUCUGCAGUUCAUUUGGUUUUCCAAUUCAGAAAUGACAGUUUACAGCCCUGGUGCGAGCGUGUUUCUCGUUAGCCUGUUCUAGGAACACGCAGAGUUAUUACAAGUUUUGAAAGAUGCUUUCUUCAAAAGUGCAAAUGAUACUAAACGGCGGAAUUUUCUCUCUGGAUAGCCACAUGGAGAAGCUGUGGUCUGCAGCCAUCCCAAAGCUGGUGGUAAAGGCAGAGCCAGCAGCUGGACUUCAGCUUCAAAUCCGUGGAUGUCGUGGAUGCAACUGGAUGGAAAAGAUGCUGCAGCAGGAAUUAGCCUUGUCCAGGGGAGACAGUUGUGAUUUGUCCAUGCUUUCCUUGUUUCACAGAUGGAUCUCAAGUUUCUUGGGCUUUUUCCAUGAAGAUUUUCUUGGAGAGGAGUGUGUUAGCUGUGCUGCUGACAGAUACCCUCGUGAGAACUGUCCACACUGGCUUGAUUUUCCCUCUUCAGGAGUUGGAUUCCUAGUCAGAGCUGGUUGGGUUUGUUGUCCUUGGGGUAAAUGAAGACAGAGCUGCGUGUCAGCAGGUGAUGAAACUUGAGGAACAGGUGUAAUUAUUUUUUGUACGUGGCUUUCUGCCCCCUGAAGAGGAGAUGGAGAAUGUUUGCCUCAGGACUCGACAGAUGGGUUCAUCUUGCAUGGUGGUUUAGGGUCUGGAAUGUCAGUUCUACAAGGACUGGCUAAGGGUUGAAAAGGAGACUCAGGGAAGACUUUAUUUACCUGAAGACCAACAUUUCACUGGGAGAAGGUGCUGGUGAGAUGGGAGUCAGCCUCUUCUCCCAGGUAACAAGUGACAGGACAGUGGCAAACAGCCUCAAGUUUCACCAGCAGAAGUUCAGGUCGGGCAUUAGGAAAAAUCUCUUCAUUGAAAAAAGAGUGGUUAAGCAUUGAAACAGGCUGAGGGCAGUGGUGGAGUCACCAUCCCUGGAAGCGUUCAAAAAACAAGUGGACCUGGCACUUCAUUGUAGGGUUCAAUGAGCAUGUGAUGAUAUUAAAUCAAAGGCUGGACUCAAUAAUCUUGGAGGUCUUCUACAACCUCAGUGGUUCUGUGGUUUCUAGUCAACUAUAAUCAGCUUUCACAGGGCUUCGAGAGGCAGUGCUUUAAUAAGAAUUUUAUCAAGUAUUUGGGGAUUCUCCAAUGUGAAAUGCUGUCCAGCACAUGACUCUUCAUCCUUGCAGAUCUCCAUAACCCCUUUAGAGGAUGACUGAUUUCUUUUGGUGUUCAGAGUCAAUAAUAAUUUCUAGCACCAUUUGAAAUCGGUUAUAGUGAUUGGGGAAUUGCACCUCGUGAAUUUUUACAGAAGAGGCUCCGGAGAGAAGCUUUAAUGGUCCUGUGUGUGAAGAUGAUCCUUGGAAUGGUUUGGAAAACCUUACGGUGCUGAGAGGGAAGAUCAAGGGAGAUGGUUUUCCCAGUGGGAAUUACCAGUGUGGACUUUGGCUCGAAGAAGAAGGACCCCACCCUGUUGGCUUAAUGAUCUGUCUGUGAGGUAUGAGGAAACAAAAGGAGCAGCAGGAAGCCUUCCAAUCUGCAGCUCCCAUGCUCUGGACUGCUGAAAGCAAGAUCUCAUGGAGGUUUUCCCUGCCAGCCUGAGAGCUUCUUCCAUUCUCCUCUCGUACACUCCUUACAGAGUAAGCCAUAAACAACCUGAGUCACCUCUCCAAGGGUGUUCAAUAUAUAUGAAUUCCUCUGAAAUUUCAGUUGUUCAGAGACACAGCUGGCUGGAGGCACAGUCAGAGGUGGGUCCUGUCCCCAGUUCCAGCAGGAUCUAAUUAUCCAUGAAAACAAAUCUCUGAAAGUCAUCCUUCAGUCAGCUGAUCCUUUUACAUCCAGCUUUUUGGGAGUUGAUAAUAGCAGCCAACCUACAGCAGCACAUCACACACCAACCUGCAGCAAGCCAUCCCUGUAGCAGGGCAUGUUUUCCUGGAUAUCCUGGCAAGAGGUUCUUUGCACCCUACAGUCAGAAAAAUGGAGCUGCCAAGUGCUUGGAUCUUGUGAAAGUAUUUUCAGUCGUGAGCACUGCUGGUGGUGUGCCUGUGUGCUCCCACACAGGAUUGUGUCCUGCUCUUGGUGGCUUCUUUAGAGCAACAGGGGAAGAAAGGAUGAAAAAAGGAAGAAAAAUGCCUGAUGGAAACAGAAGCAUUUCAGCACAAAAUAUAUCUGAGGAAGAGGGAAGUGUGCUGCAGGUGCAUCUCCUCUGGAAACAUCCAGAACUUUGGGGUUUCAAGCAGAAAAGCUGGACCAGCUGUGUGCUCCACCUGCUGCUGAGCAAGAGGAUGUUCAGUGGGUGCUGGUCAGUGUAAUGGUUACAGACCCUGGGUCAGAAGAUAGUCCCACUCAGCUCCUUGAAAUAGGAGGCAAAAAAUAUUUUUCCUGAUGUCAUUCUCACUCUGCUGGGUCUCCAACAACAGUCCAUGGAGAGCUGUGUGGCUGCCUACUCCGCUGCCUGGAUUGCUGGAUAUUUAAGUCCCCUUACGUGCAGUUUCUGACUGUGCUGCCUUCUCAGCAUCAUGUCUGUCUGCCCUAGAGGAUUCUUCUCCGGAGAACCUGCCAUAGAAGCAGAUGACCUGUCUUCAGUCAAUAAAAUCAUUUUCUCUGUGUCAAAGAAGCUUUUUAAAGCCCCCUUGGCAAAAAAAAGGAGAGGUGAGCCUUGGGAUCGCAAAGAUUUGAGUUCAGUAUUUUGGUGCUAGUGAAAGUCACAGAUGGUUUGGGUUGGAAGGCACCUUAAAGACCAUCCAGUUCCAUCCCCCUGCCAUGGGUAAGAAGACUUUCCACUGUCCCAGGUUGGUCCAAGCCCUGUCCACCCUGGCCUUGGACAUUUCCAGGGAUCCAGGAGCAGCCACAGCUUCUCUGGGCACCCUGUGCCAGGGCCUGCCCACCCUCGCACGGAAGAAUUAUUCACAUAUUGUUGCAGAGAAAAGUUUUUUUGGUCUCUACUUUCCCAAAGCAAUCAGUGUGUCAAGCCCUGUGUAACUCUGGCUGGAUUCCAGCCUGGAAAGCCAGACACUGACCCUGAUUUGGAGCAGCACAGCCUGGGAUGAAGUGGCUGGGAAGGGGCAUCAAAGGAGGAGCUGGCUGUGACAACAGUUUGCCAAGCAACACAUGGCAGAGCGUGGGCAUCAAGAGGAAUAUAAGGCAGCUCCUUUAACUUCAUUGCUUCAAAUAUCAUGACUGUCAUUCUUCUAUAACAUCACUGCAUAAAAACCCAGCGGGAUUUAUUUGUAAUUGAUGAUUUUAUGUGGAAGAUACUCCAAUGCCACCGUGCGGAUUAAAUCCCAGAACAGACUGACAGCUGUAAAAUCCAUGAGCACAGGUGAGUGAGCUGGUCUGUUAGUGGCCUCAAGAGGACCACAGAGUGAUUUUUUCAGUUGGAUUUUGCCAUGAUUUAAUCUUCAGUCUUGCCUGUCCUUACUGUGAAACCGACUGGGAAGAGAAUGGCUUGAUAGUUCCCCAUAUGGUUCAUCAUUACUAAAAAUGCCAUGAGGUGAUGGGAUUGCCUGCUGAAAGGUGCCAAAAUCCUUAUAAAUCCAAACCUGUUCAGAAAUCACCUCUGGAAAAACGUAAAUUUCUCAGGAAAUUCAUGGGAAUUAUCAUGGAUUUCCAGGCUUCCAAAUAAGUUGUCACGUAAAGACUCUCCACUAUAUUUCCAGUGUGAGAACUGAAAUCACAACUUGAAGGAAAGAGAAAUUCAGUGCAAGUAAAUUUUCAAGAUUUCUAUAUGCAAAUCAAAAUUCCAGUUGGAGAACUUUGGAGCGAAACAAUGGUGUAAAAACCCCCACUUUUUAGUUGAGAUUAGCCUGGAAAUUUUAAGGCGCUCAUGAAUAAUUUAUAAACCAGUCUUCCCACGGAUGAGCAGCAGGACGAGAGCGUGGCUACGUUUGUCACUGUAUUGAGAUGUUUCCUGGCAAUGGUGGAAUUUUUAUGGUGUUCUUUCUCAUAAUGGAGUUGUUGCUUAGCUUUUAAUGUCCCAAAUGUAAACAGAUCUGAGGAAGCAGAUCGUUAAAAACGUUUAGAAAGGGCGAAUGAAAAAGUGAAGUACUUGCGUGCCGCGUUCCAAGCAAAGCCUAUAAAUCACCGCCAUCGGAAUUCUCUGACAAGGAGCAAAUGGUUUUAUGGACUCACAGAAAUGGCAUUGGGAGGAAUAGUGAAAAGAUUAAUAUUUUAAAAUCAUGGCAGAAGAGCAGAGGGAAUAACCCGAGAGGAUUGAGAAGCUGUCCUGAGCUCUGGUUUAAAUUUUAACACUUCGACUUAACAAAUUCAAAAUCUGAUUCAAAUCUGCUUUGCCAUCUUCAGCUCCACUGUCUCUGAAGCUGUGGCACCAGUUGGCUUCACUGCCUGGUGCUCCUGCAUUAGCCAGGCUGGGAAUGCUUAAAUCCAUGCGGAGGUUUUAUGUGUAGGAGCAGCUCAGGAAAAAAGGGUUAAAAAAAAAAAAAAAAAAGGCAGUUUUCAUUUGGUUUUCAACCCUCAAAGCUGCUUUCUAAACUCAAAUUUGGGUUUGCAGCUUUCGAGCCUUCAAGAGUCACUUCAGUGACCAACGCCACGUCCUGGGCCGGGCAUCCCGUGGGAUGCAGGGUCGGAGAUGCCAGCCCCUGGAAGGCGCUGGUGCAAGGGGUAGGAGAAACCUGAACCAGGAUUCUGGAAGUGUGUCCUCCUCCUGGCUCUCUGAGGGGAGCAAGAGCCCUCCACUGAAAUCCUCCCACCAUGCUGGGGCUGCUGCUGCUGCAGGUGUUGGCCAGCUGCCUCUGGCUGGGACACAGCGAGGUCGUGAAGUCCUUUGCAAGUUGUUCUCAGUUCUUCUAUGCAGGGAUUCCCCCAAAUGAUGCCCUGAAUCCAAAGAACCCAUCCUGGAUCUGCCAGCGGUACAGCAACUCGUAUCACUAUGCCACCCUGUACGACAGAGAUUUGCACAUUCCAGUGUACUCUGCUUACAUCUACCGGCCUGGACCAGGCAAAAGACCUCAAACAUGGCUGGUUGAGCCUCAGCUAAUCAACCCAACUUAUUCCACGGAUAUGGAUACAGAGAAAUCCAUCUGUAAUCGGUACAAGAUCACUCCACAGCAAAUUGGCCAGAGUCAACCUAUCACCCAAGACUACAAAAACCUCCAGGGUUUGGACCGUGGUCACUUGAGCCCCAGUGGCCACCAAAGUGGCAACAACAGCAAGUGGGCUACCUUCACCCUCACCAACAUCGUGCCCCAGAACAGCACACUCAACAAGGGCCAGUGGAAAGACUACGAGAACCAAACGAUGGCUCAGAGAACCCAGGGCUGUACAACAACCUAUGUGAUCACAGGUGCUGUGCCUGGGAACACCUACAUCUCCAAUAGGAGGGUUAAUGUACCCAGCCACAUCUGGUCAGCUGCCUGCUGCCAGACCAACACCACCAUGAAGACUUGGGCGGUCAUUGCUGAAAACAGCAGGAACCACGUCCAGAACCUCACACGGGCACAACUGGAGGCCAACUUGUCCCAGCUCUAUGGGAGGGGACAGGUUUCUCUGUUCCACAGUGCUUGUCCCCCCUAACAAACCUCAUAUCCUGGAUGGAAAAGGCUCAUGAG